UGUAAACAAUGUGUGUGUUCUGACUGCUGGAUUACAAAGGGACGUGUGUGUGUGUGUAUAUAUAUUCUGGUGUGUGUGUGUGUGUAUAUAUAUUCUAGUGUGUGUGUGUGUGUGUGUAUAUAUAUUCUAGUGUGUGUGUCAUCAUGGUUCUGCUAAGACGGACGGUGAGGCCUCGUCACCUUCUGCUGGCGGCCAUGUUGGCUCUGCUCCUCUUCUUCUGGCUCCCUCAGGGUGGAGAAAGAGACUGUGGCAGCGCUGGGCAGCCAUGUUUGAAGUCUUUACGGCAAAAGGCUGCGCCCCCAUUGGUCGCUGCUGAAGCCCCGUCCCUCAUUAAGGAGUGUCCCGGCCAAUCGUUUCAGGCCAAGCUUCUGCUGCAGUAUUUAAAGCUCAGCCUGAGCGACGCUGACGACGUCCUGCUGGAGCCGUACCUGCAGAGCUGGGAUCAGCUGCUCAAAUUCAUGAAAUCCCUCGGGACGUUGAUCAGUUUAUUCUCCGGUAAAGUGACGGAGAAAGUUGUAGUGAUACAGGAGCUGUCACUCAAACACAGCGCAAAGGAUCAUGGGAAACGUAGUCCAUUAACCCCAGCGUCGUUCGGACUAAAAACAGGGGCGUAUCGUUCGCUCAGAUCCAUGGUGGAGGCGGAGCUUAAAGAGGGCGUGGUCGACUAUUCCCGCCGCUCAGACUCCGGCUGCCGGACGCUUCUUCGACUUCACCGAUCGCUGCUCUGGCUGAAACUCAUGCUGGAGGGUUUGGCCAAAGGACCGGACGCUGACGGACAAUUCAAAACACCUGGAGAGCUGUGCAGAGACGCCUACAUCGUGGCCCUGGCCCCCCACCACCCCUGGGUGCUGCGUCAGGCGGCAGAGUUCGUGUUCCUCGCCCUGCCGGAGCGACAGUACUUCCUGCAGCUGGUGUGUGUUCAGACCCAGCAGGAGGCCGCGCCCAUCCUGCAGAUCAUCAUCAACGCUCUGGAGCUCGUGCACACGCAAACGCAGCGAAUCCUCGCCCAACACGACAUGCUCGAGCUGCCCUGAACGCACCACGACAGACAAAAAGAAACCAGAAACACGUGGAA